UUUAACGUUGGUUUGCAGCCCGCCAGCAAAUCGAAGAAGAAGAAAAUGAAGAAGAAGUAGAAGAAGAAGAAUGAUGCCGCCAUUUUCCAAGAUGGCGAUAUUUACGUGGCAAUAUCAUGGACAAUAUUAGCAGAAGAGAGACUGUGGGAGAGCGAAAGAUUGACCUGACUACACAAGUUCCUCCUCCUGAGUUCAGUUUGGCACCUUUUUCUCUAUUUUCACCAGACAUUUUUGAUAACUGAACCAUAAAUACACCAUCAACAAGAAACUUUGGACUGCAGCCAAGAUCUGAAUCAGCAGAUAUUUUAACAACAACAUGGCGAUCUGGAAUGAAGUUAUGCGAACUGAGUGGUGGAAACUGAACUCGUGAGAUUGAAAACAUACUCGUUAUAUUGGAGGCGCUCAAGAAGAACUGGGAUUCUCUGCAAACUCAGUAUACCCGUUACAAGAAACUUGCAACCUCAGGAAGUUGUGGAGUGCAAAACACUGGCAGGCAGCAAUGGAACCUGACCUGGCUGCAGUUUUUAGAGCCCCACACAAAAAGGAAGGAGACCACUUCCAACCUUACUGUCAGGGAACCUUUGGCAGCUGCUGCUGAUUGAGUCACCUUCAGAUGGCACCAGCAGUGAGACCCGGACCAACACCCCUUCCCAGCCCAGCACCGCUAUAGAGGAGUCCUGCUUCUUUGAGGAUGAGCCAAGGCCUGCAUUCCCCUGCCGAGUCCACCUUCUGUGGAGCCAGAGUGCUGGCAGUCACAACUAUGGACAGUUUACUCAUCUGUGAUGCUUGAUGUGACGGAUUGUUCAUCUGAGAAAAGUAUCUGUUGUAACAGAUAAGAAUAGCUGAAACGUGCUGACGGUAAGAAAAGCAUUUGGAGGACAUUGACUUUCACCACUAAGCCAGUGAGAUGAGUUCUUCAGAAGAGAUUCCUACAAUGUUGCAGCACCAAAAGGGGAUUUUCAGCUGCUUUCUCAAGUUGAAACAGACAGACACAGACAGGAGCAGACCUCAUCAGUGUCACAAGUGUGGGAAAUCUUUCAGUCGGGUUUGCAGACUAAGAAGACAUGAACUCACUCACACCGCAGAGAAACUGUACCACUGUGAACAAUGUGGCAGCAGUUUCAGCCAGCUAAAUGCAUACAAGCUACACCUGCAUACCCACACUGAAGAAACACCAUACUGCUGCGACCAGUGUGGGAUGCAUUUCAGCAACCAGAGUUCAUACAGAAAACACCUGAGAGACCACACUGGACCAUACCAGUGUGACCAAUGUGAAAAGAGUUUCAGUUACUUCAGUAUUUACAAGAUACACAUGCGUGUCCACACUAAAGAAAAGCCCUACUGCUGUGACCAGUGUCCAAAGAGUUUUAGUUUUUUAAGUUCAUACAAGCGACACCAGCUUAGCCACAGUGGAGAGAAGCCGUACCAGUGUGACUUUUGUGGAAAGAGUUUCACCCAGUCAGGGCAUUUCAGUCUGCAUCUGCGGAACCACACUGGAGAGAAACCAUACGAGUGUGACCAAUGUCAAAAGAGUUUCAGUGACUUAAGUAGUUACAAGAUACACUUGCGUGUCCACACAGGAGAGAAACCAUACUGCUGUGACCAGUGUGGGAGGAGUUUCUCUCAGUUAGGUAAUUAUAAAUCACAUAUGCGUAUCCACACUGGAGAAAAACCAUUCCGCUGUGAGCUAUGUGAGAAAAGUUUCUCUAUUUCAAAAACGUACAAACAACAUGUGCGUACCCACACUGGAGAGAAACCGUACCAGUGUAAAGAAUGUGGGAAAGGUUUCAGUCGACUAAGCAACUACAUGCGACAUCUUCGUAUUCACACUGGAGAGCAACCAUACAGCUGUGACCAAUGUGGAAAAUGUUUCAAUAGUUCGUAUAGUUACAGCCGACACCUGCGUGUCCAUACUGGAGAGAAACCAUACUGGUGUUCACAGUGUAAGAGGCUGUUUACUCGAUCACAGUCUUUAAAGAAACACCGCUGUGUUGAAAUAGAUGAAGACAGUUCGACUGUGUGUAACGAAGAAGCACAAGUGAGCUGCUCACCAAAAGAACCAACAAAAUAAAUUAGUGUGUGUGUGUGUGUGUGUGUGUGUGUGUGUGUUCAUGGUGAUGAAGCAGCAUGUCCCCCAGUGCAGCAGAGCGGCUCACUGAUGUAUUUUCAAUAGUUUCUGGACAACAGUGGAGCUCUGUGGCUCAGAGGAAGAAGAUCCAUCAGGCUGUGGAUAUACACAAUACAUGUUAGUUUAGUUUUGGUAUUUUCAUUGGAUUUGUUGACAUUUAAGGGGACCUAUGCUUUUCCUUAUUUUCUAUCAUACAUAAUGUUACAAUGUCGGAUGUGGCCAAAGUUUCAGAUGAGGUAAACCUAUGUAAAAGUAAUCCCUGUGAGCAAAAAGCUCAGGCUUCAGACUGCUCUGAACGUUUUUUCUACUUUCAUGCCAAGCUGACCUCAGCCUAACUUGGAUGUCAUGGUGAUUGGUCAUCUGCGCUCAUCUGUAUCAAAGAUGCUCUAUAACAUUUGGAAACCGUCUUUAUCUGUAUUGACAACUUAUUUGAAGCGCUUUGAGUAGUCGGAAAGACUAGAAAGGUGCUAUACAAGUACAGUCCAUUUACCAUGGUCCGGGCAAAGUCAGCUAAGCUGAAAAGACCACUAGCUGCGCGGCUAACGGCAGCUAACGUUACAGUUAGCAGCAGUUAGCACUUUAAAGCUCUCUGUCCUUCAGGAAACUCCGUAAAUAUCUGAGAGUUGAGCAGCUGGAGGACAUCAGAGGCAAACCAAGAAAAUAUUUUCUCCAUAAAAUAUGAUCCAGUUUCACCAAAAUCAGUUAAUAAAGUUGUAAACUUAAGUUGUAAAGUGUGUUUUGUACAGUAAGCAGUAAGGCCGGCCCUCAGAAACACUCCGUCUGGCGGCGUCUGUUGUUUUUCCUACUUAAUUCGUCUCAUUUGUGGUCUGAGAAACAGUACAUUCAUUCAAUUCAGUGCCUCAUAUCACUAUUAAGUUACUGUAGCUGUCAUAGCCGUCAAGCUCACCGGCAAGACAGCGCGGCGGUCUGCGGCUCACAGCACAGGGUGUGUAAAGAGGAGUGGUUACAGCAGCUUGCGUGCCCCUCGGCAGGCUUCCUGUAAGUUCGCUAAUCAGAAGAAAGUGGGCUUUUAAAGAGACAGGAGCUAAAACGGCUUGUUUCAGACAGAGGAUGAACUGAGGGGCUGCAUAAAGGGCCAGUAUAAGAUAAAUAAGAUUUUUUUUUAAAACUGUGAAUGAUGCGAAGUUACUCUAAUAUAGAAAUGGAAAUGAGCAGAACAGGUCCCCUUUAAGAGAAAUAUGGAAUAUAUCACCAUACACUACUCUCUGAGAAUAUAGAAACUUAAAAGAUAAUGAAAUGGCACAAAGUGUGAGGUUUUUAAGAAACUUACAAAUUUCUGACUAUCAAAGACAUUGUGAAUGACACUGUUACAAAGUGAGUUGAGUCAUUUUAUCGUGUUUGAUCAUUGAGAAAAGCUGUUUUUUACCAUUAGCUGCUAACAUUUGUCAGCCAGCUUACGUAUGUUAAUCACACAGCUCAUGUUAACGUGUGUUUGCAAAAUUUGACAUUAUUAUUGGUAACUCAAAGGGACUGUGAUUACUUUAGCGAUAACACCAUGAAGCCCAACAUUUUAAUAUGUAUCUGGAGCUCAGAUUACAGAUAGAACCUGAUGAUUCCAAAGUCAAGACUUGUCUGUGAGCUCCAGGCCUGGGUCCAGGACUGAGCCGCAGUGUCCCUGUUAAGGCGGAGGUUCUUUAUCCUUUAUCAACCACUCGUAGCAGUUUUCAUCAGUCACAAUUUGUGCCCAUCACUUGAGAACACAACCCAUCAGGAUCCUGUAGACUCAUUAAAACAUCACUCUCAGCAUCUCUAGGAACAGAGACCUGUCUGCUGUGACAAGAUUCAAGCCGGAGGAAUAUGACUUUGCUUUUCUGUUAUUAUUUUUUUUUAAUUAAAACGUAAAGAAUAUUUUUAUUUGGAAGCACAUUUUAUUGAAGUUAAAUGUGGUAAUGUAUAUGUGUGAUGUAUAUUUACUUGUGUUAUUAUUUAAUUCUCAAUCUUUUUGGUCUUCUGUAUUCAAAAUUGUUUACUAUACCAAAGAAUGGAAAUGAAUGAUACAUUAUCAGCAACAAAUUAAAGCCUCUAUAUGUAUAAUUGGAAAAUGGCUUACUUUGGCUUCAUCUGGUGUUACUAUCAAGAAUGGCUCUGUGGCAGACAGCAGUGCACACUACGCAGUAUUCUCAUGUCAUGGUCCUCUGGAUCAAUGUAGCAAAAUAUGUUUGAUUUGGCCAUUGAUAAUACGUUUACUGAUACGAUGCAGUUGUUUUUGUAAAACGUCAUGCUCACGAGAAGUCUUUAACCUUGUCACAUGCCCCAUAUGUUUUUCAUCAAUCCAGAAAUGUCUCAUCAAUCACAAUCAGAAAUCACUGCCAUUGAUCCUGCUCAUCCCUAGUCUUUCAGUGUAUCUCACUAAAAUGGAAUAGAAUAAACUGUGGGGUUUGUUCAUCCAGAUUUCAAAAAACAUGCUUUACCCAAACGCCAAUCAUAUCAUAUAUCAUAUCUGCUGUCAGCAGCUGCCACCCCAAUGUAUUGGUGUUCAGAAAUUUGUGUGUGAGUUGAAAAAAAAACACCAAUGUGUCAUUACUCACUGUGGGCUGAGAAUUUCCAGUAAAAAAUAGUUCCUCGUCAUAAGUGUUGACAGCAAGGUGUUUCUGUUAUUUUGUCCAACCCACUGCAUGUGUAAUUUGUUAACCCUGUGUGUUUUUGGAUAGCACUCUGUAUAUAUGUAGUUGUUAAUGAUGUUAAUAAAGGUUGUUCCAAAAAGUUCAACUCACAACUGGAAACAUUUGAAACAAAGUGUGGAUGGUGAUGAGACAGCACCAGGAACACCUGAAAACAACAAAUAAUGUUUGAAAUCUUUGGAAAUACGUUUUGCUUUGAUGUUUUCAAAUAUGAAAGUGGCAGUAGCUUUCCAGAGUCACAGCUGGAUAGAUGUCCAUCAGAGCACUUCUCGAUCAUUUCCAGUUUGUAAGUGGACAAUUACAUGAAAUCCGUAUAAACUAACAAACAGUACACUAUGAAUAUGAAUGAACUGUAUAUGGUGUAUAGUAUGUAGUAUUGGACUGUGAUACUAUGGAGGAUGAAAAGUUGAAGUCACCAAUAAAUUCAUAUAUGAACACA